AGUCUCAUAUCACUUUUCUUCUAAUUUCAUUCACUCUGCCAAUUGUAUAUAAAAUAAAAUAAUAAUAAUAAAACAUUCCAUAUGAAAAACAGUUCAGAAUUGUUUUAAAAGAAUAAUUGGUAGUGCCAGAACAGUUAAGCAACUCCAUAUAAACACUUUCUAACAUGUCUGAAAUUCACGCAAACGAUGAGGAAAUUGAAGUUGAAGAAAUAACGAAAAAAGAGCCCUCAUUUGGCGAGGAUAUCUUAAAUUUGCGUCAUUCCUUCGGCUACGACUGCAAACGUUUUUUCAAUCUGGUGCUGAUUGACGACAAUACAUUAAUUUUUGCUUCCGGUGAUUAUUUGCAUUACUUUGACAUACCCACGCGAACGGUGACUUUUCGUAAAACGGUUUUUGGUUGCGGAGUUGGAUUUAUAGCGCGCAAUGAACAUCCCAACUUCAUUGAACUACUUACGAUUGCGGAAAAUGGUCCCACACCGACUAUCUUCAUUUACGAAUAUCCCUCACACAAAGUGCGCAUCCAGCUGGAGAACGCAGCUAAAUCAUGCUUUACAUGCGGCUCCUACAAUUCUACUGGCGAGCUUUUGGCCUCACAAGCCGGCUAUCCAGAUUUCAUGCUUACGAUUUGGCGUUGGGAAACGGGCCAUGUGGUGCUACGCUCCAAAUCAUUCCAGAACAAUGUACUGCACGUACACUUUUCUUACUUCAAUCCAAUCCUCUUGGCCUCUUGUGGUAUGAGUCACAUAAAAUUUUGGAAAAUGGCUAACACUUUUACCGGUUUGAAGUUAAAAGGCGAAUUGGGUCGUUUUGGAAAAACGGAUUUUAGUGACAUUUAUGCGAUUUAUAUGUUGCCCGAUGAGAAUGUCAUAUCGGGAUGUGAGUGGGGUAAUAUGCUGUUGUGGGAGGCCGGUUUGAUCAAGUUCGAGAUUACACGCAAGGGACGCAAACCCUGUCAUACCAAACCGAUCACGCGCAUUACCAUGGAGGAAGGUGAAGUCAUGACAGUUGGUAUGGAUGGGUAUGUGCGUAUUUGGUAUUGGGAAACUGUCGAUUUGGCUGAUCCGCCAGAUGAUGAUCGCUUUGUCGAGAUCGAGCCGAUUUAUGAGUUUAAAGUCGGUGAUUGCGAGAUACGGGGUUUGCAGAAGAUUAAACCGUUCGACAGUAGCGAUUUCGGUUACUAUGCACAGGAUGGCAACGGUGGUAUUUGGUAUUGUGAUCUCAACACCCACGACGUGCCCAAUAAACCGGAAAAGCUCUAUAGUUGUCAUGGAGGCAAAGUAAUCGCUGCACAAGCGAGUCCCGUGUCGACACUUCUAAUGACGCUCGGCGAAGAUGGCAAAAUAUUUAUUUUCGAUUAUAUCAGAAACAUUUUAUUAAUGGAGAAACAAUUUAUUUCCCCUGGCAGUGAUUUACAUUGGUUCUCGACGAAAAUUUCUAGCACGGGUAUGGAUUUGGUGGCCGGCUUCGAGGAUGGCAUACUUCGUCAAAUGGUGUUGGAUGUACGCGAUGAGAAAAAAGUGGAAUUACAUUUGGUGCGCGCCAUAAAGGCGCACAUAGGGGCGAUCACAAAGCUCACUGUUAAUCCAAAACAAACAUGCCUGGUGGUAUCCUCUGUGGACAAAUCUAUAUUCGUGUAUAACAUUAAGGAUAAAGAGAACAAUAUGAUAUACUUAAAACCGAUGGGCUUUGUGGUGCUGGAAGCUGUGGUGAAUUGCUUCAAUUGGAAAAAUGAAGAGUUUUCAACAAUUUUGAUGGGUUGCAAAACUGGAGAAGUAUAUGAAUACCAAAUACCAAGCCGCAUCACUGACGAUCAAACUUUUCUCACUUACAAUAUCACCGAUGCAAAUAAAAUGAAGGCUACCCGCUUUGUAUCUGUUAAGAGUCGUAUAAGGCGAGAUGAAAAGCGCGAAAAGAUAAAGAAGCGCAAAGAAAAGAAACGUCAACGCAAAUUGUUGGAAGUGGAGAAGUUGAAAGCCGCCAAUCCGGGAUUGCAAAUUGAUCUUGAAACGGCGUUGGCUGAUUCUGAACCCGAUGAAGAGGAGGAACCUUUACAUAUACCAGCUAUUCCAAACCCGGUGCUUUGGCUUCGCUAUACGCGCGAUGGAACUGUGUGGACGUCGAUGGCUGGUUUCGAUGCCGGUUACAUUUACGAGCUAGUCUUCGGCUAUGCGGAGCCUUACAGAUGUACAAUAAUUGCAGAUGGGGAUGAAUGUGAGAUACACUCUUAUUUGACAAUUGAGGAUUAUCUGAUUUUCGGUUUGGUAGAUGGAAAAUUGCGUAUAAAUCGUACCACUCCUAACGAUUUCACAGAUUUAACAGAUUAUCGUCUAUUCGCCAUGCACGAUUCGUUCAAUGGCUUUAUUCCGUGCAUUUUGUCCAGCUUUGAUGGCAAUUACAUAUUUAGUGUUGGAUAUGAUGGUAAUAUCUUCAGCUAUAACUGGAAUGGGCCUAAAGUGAUGAAGGGUGGUUCAUUGGAUGCAGUGGUAUAUGCGAAUUUAAAAGAUGUCUAUGCUGAGGAUAUAGACGAUCCCGAGUAUCCCUCAUUAGAACAGGAGAAAAUCUUUGCCGAAAUUAAACGCAAAGAGGAAGCAGCUGCCGCACACGAUCGCAAAGUUUUGGCACAAAUCGGCGAGUUGCAGGUGAAGUUCAACGAUAUUAAAACCGAUAUGUUAGACUUGGACGAAGAGGUGAUGCUACCGGACCGUAACCUUUUGCUUGAUGAACGCAUAACUAAGCAAAUCAAAGAUGAGCUGCAAGCCGAAUUGGAUGAUGUGCGCGACGACUUGGCCUACGACUUGGAAGUGGCCGAAGUGGGUAAAAAUAAAUUGUACAACUAUUUUCUAGAAAAAUUACAUCAUGUCCCGAUAACUGUGAGUGGCAUUAGUAAAAAUAUAAAGGUCAGCUCAUUUCGCGUGGAAAAACUUGGCGAGGAAUUUGAAAAAAUCAAGGAGGAAAUCGAAGAACGUUUGAGGCUAGAAGCAGCUAAGCGUAGAUACAUUGAACCUAUCGUUGCUGAGGAGAAACAGCCCAGCAUGCCGGGGCCGGGGGAAGAGAAAUUCUUCUUCGGCCGCGAUCCGAACACUAUUAUACCACGCUUCAGCAAGAAAAUGUUACGUUUAUUGCGACGUUAUCGCUCGAGACAACUGUACGAAAUUGAACGCAUGUACAAUUGGGAGAGAAUGGAGCUACGCAAACCCGAUUCAAAUAAGAAUCAUCCCGAUGAUGAGCGAAAAAUUGCCGAUGCAGAAAGAAAUCUUGGUGAUUAUAAACUGAAAGUUGGUUAUGACUAUGAACCGCGCGUCAACGAGAAUCUUACCUAUAAAUACAUUGAAGUCGUGAAUACAAGACAGGCAAAUUUUCUUAUCUUGGAUCGAUUCAAUAAAGAACUUUUUCAAUUACGCAAACGCAAAUGGGAGUUAUACGAGUAUAUAAAGGAGUCGCGCAACCGUUUGAAACAGUUGCAUGAAUUUUUACCACUCCCCAAUCGUGAAUAUUUGAUAAACAUACGAGAUAUUGAUAUGAAUGAGGAAUAUCCUGAACGUAAUCUUAACGAGAACUGCAAACCGGGCUGUGGCAUAGAAAUUGCCGAUAUACUGUAUUUGGAGAAAAGAGUUGAUGAUCUGCUGCCACAACCACCACCACCACCUUCGCCCGGUGAGAAUGUGUCCGCGCGUGAUAGGAACGAAGAAUCCUUGUAUCGAUCUUUGCAUGCAUUUGAAAUCAACGAGUUGCCUGAUAUUAGCGAGAUUCUGCAGGAACUGGACGAUUAUCCCAGUUUUAGCGAUCCAGAAUUUUUCGAGCGAAGUGACGAAGUCCUUGCGCCAUGGCAAUCUGUGGCGCGCUAUCAAUGGCUAAUCGAUUUAAGAGAUGAACAGAAUGGCAUAGUGCUGAAGGUGAAAAAUCGUGUUAAUGAUUUUGACAAGGAUCUGGAAGAAAUGAUCUCAAUACGUUGUAAGGCCUUAUACGAAGCUGAGUUUAUGCGCUGCUAUAGUAUCACUUUGAAUCAAGAAUUGAAUAUUUUACGUGACAGUGAAGAGAUCGAAAAUCAAUUGCUGUACAAUGCCGAUGAAGCAAUGAAGAAACGCAACGAAAUGCAAGCGGUAAUUAAUUCGAAAAAUCGACAAAUUGAGGAUAGCAAAAAGAGUGUCGAUAGAUGUAAUGAACAAAUAAUGUCGGUGCAGCAUAAAUUUAUGAUCACCUGCAAGGGGCAUAAAUUCUUUGAUUUCUUGAGGCGAAUAUUCAAGAAGAAGUUCCGACUACCAAAGCCCAUAAAGGCUGACGAUGAAUCUUCCGAGUCUUCAUCAAGCGAUGCGUCAUCCAGCGAGGAUGAGGAUGCCGAUGCAAAGAGUAUCGAUUCAACUGAUAUGACGACUAUACGUUUGGACGAAAGCCAUUGUCCCACUGGACUGGAACGUAGUACGUACGAUCUGGCUUUUCAGCUACGCUCUGAGCGCCAUGCCCUAGAAAAGAUUUUGUUAGAGACACAAAAGAGUAUUGAGCAAAAACGCACGGAUGUGGCUGAGUUGCAGAAGAAAAUGAAAUAUCAUGAAGAGAUCUAUGCACAGGAGAAAGAAACAUUGAUGGUGUUUCGACGUAAGCGUCAGCAAGAGUUGAAUAAGAUAAACAUUUCUGUAGUGCUGUCGAUGGAUCAGUUUCAGCACUUCAGGCUUGGUGAAGACUAUCAGGACUUAAGUCGGGCCAUCCUCUUCGAUGCGAAUCGCUUGAACGCUCUCAAAGAACGCGUCUCACAACUAAAUAACGAAACGCUGGAGACUCGACGUCUGCAUCGUAUCAAUGUAGUGCAUUUGCGUCGCAUGAACACCGACAUAAUAUUCAUGCGCAGCGAAAUCACACGACUGGAGAGCGCCAGCAAGCAGGAGAUGAUUAAGAAAUUUGGUAUGAUCGUCAAUUUGGAUGAGUUGGAGGAAGAGGUUUUGCGUAGAUAUGUAUUUGAUUUGGAAACGUCAGCGGAAGAAGAAUUUAGGCAAAUCGAGAAGGAAAUAGCAAGAAGAAAGAUGGAAUUGGCGAAUUUGGAAGAGGAAUUGAUACGCGAAACAAAAGUCUAUUCGGAAAAACUGAAUAUCCUAACAGUGUUGCAUGAGGAGAAGAACUUUUUGCACAAGAUUUUAAAAGCGCAGGAGAAUAACUUUGAGAAGUGGAUGCAGCCACAUAAAGUAAAUCUUGAUCGUGAUGUAGAGAAGCUCACACAAAUACAUAAAGAGCAAAAGGAAACAAUUGAGUGCUUAGAACGCGAAAUUUGCACGCUACGUUUGAAAUCCAAACCAUUACAACUCUUCCACGACGUUGUCAAGGGUGAUAAAAUUGAAAAGAUUGUCGAAGAAGAUGAUGGAGUAAAUUGCCCUAAAGUACUGACACCUGAAGCCUUUAUGCAACGCCUCGAACCAGAUGAAUUCACUAUAGAUCGCAUCAAGAAAGUUGUACAAAAGUAUUUCGCUCAGUGGUUCAACCGCUACGCCUCGGCCGAUAACAUACGUAAAAAUGCGAAGAAAGCCACACGCUACUUAGCACAAGCAGCCUAUACCUUCGAAGGUAAAAUAACUGAUCGUAUAUUAGAUUGCAUUACGCAAGCGCUGGAAUCGAUGAUGCCGAAAAAAUACUUGAUGCAUAUGUCCAAGGGUGAUUUGGCUAAAAUGUUUGCAGAUGUUCUUAGCGCAUACGAUUAUCAAUCGUCUGACGUGAACACAGAGGAAUUGAUCGGUGGCAUUUAUCAGAACGUUCUGACGACACUUGAGAACACGAAAGCAGUGCUGAACAAAACCCAAUUUAUUUUAUUGAAUUUAUUCCAGCAGUUGAUUGAACUCUUGCCGCUGAAUGAAUUUAAAUGUGAGAAAACUACACGUUUACUGAUGCAUCUACUGGGGGAUGAUUCGCAUAUUGAUCCGAGGUGUAUAAAUGUCGACGACAUCGUGGACAAGACGGUUAAGUAUGCGCGUGAGAAUCUGCUCGAUGGCAUAACAGCAAUGCCCAUUAGACGUCUAGCGGAGAAUCUAUACAAGGAACUGAAAGCACUCAAGGCGGGCACAAUAACCAUUAAAUGCACACUGGAUUCUGCGCAAAGAUUUCCGUCUACACAAAAAAGCAAGUUUGCAUCGUUGUUGCAUUGAAUUAAAUUUUAUUUUUCUUUCUAAUUGAAAUAAAUAUCGU